AUGUCUCUCCGGCUCGGAAUGAAUCGGCUUCUCACGCUCACUUUUCUCCUCCUCGUCGUUUUGGGUUCUACCUGCAUUCAUAUUGUUCAUGCAAUUUCAAACGAGAGGGAGGUCUACAUCGUGUAUCUCGGAAGUCUUUCCCCUGAUAUGGUCGACCAUCUUGACAUGCUUCGCGACAUCGUCGAUGCUAGAUUUAUGAAGCAGAACUUGCUGCGAAGCUACAAAAGGAGCUUCAACGGUUUUGCGGCCUCCCUCACAGCCCAAGAACACGAAAAGUUGGCUGGUCACGAGAAAGUCCUAUCGAUAUUCCCAAAUGCUAUUUUUCACACCCAUACUACGAGAUCGUGGGAUUUCAUGGGAUUUCCGAUGAAUAUCCCGCGAAAUCUCGCUGUGGAGAGUGAUAUUAUAAUUGGAGUUAUUGACUCCGGGAUUUGGCCGGAAUCGGAGAGCUUCAACGACCGAGGACUCAGUCCUCCGCCCUUGAGAUGGAAAGGAAUAAUAAAAAUUCCAAGUUUGUUCUUGUGCAGCAAACUGAUAGGAGCUCGGUUUUACACUACGUACUCAGCUAGAGAUGACACUGGUCAUGGAAGCCAUACAGCUUCUACUGCAGCAGGACGCCCCAUUGAUGCCAGCUUUUACGGCAUUGCCGGUGGAGUCGCUAGAGGUGGCGUCCCGUCGGCGAGGAUUGCCAUUUAUAAGGCUUGCCAUGAUGGGCACUGCGAAACAGCCAACAUAUUAUCUGCAUUCGACGAUGCAAUUUAUGAUGGCGUCGACAUUAUUUCAGCCUCUAUCGGACAAAAAUUUGCUUCUGACUUGGCAAGCGAUGGCGUUGCAAUCGGCGGCUUUCAUGCAUCAGUUAGCGGCAUUUUAGUGGUACAAUCUGCGGGGAAUGAGGCGAGAAAAUUAUCUACCGUAAGUAUCGCUCCAUGGAUCUUUUCGGUCGCUGCUAGCAAUACCGACCGGGGAAUCAUCACAAAAGUCAGUUUAGAGGAUGGAACGACAUUUAAUGGAAAGUCGAUUCACCCCUUCAACUUACAUGGGAUUAGUUUCCCAAUAGUUUACGGAGAUGAUAGUCGAUGUCACAAAGAAGCUGCAAAGUAAUUUCUUGAUACCCUUUAAAUAUAUCAUUUUAUAAAUAAAAAGGUAUAUAAAAUGUAUGACAUUUAACUUUUUUUUUUUAUUUGAAUUACAGAGCAUGUGACUAUGGUUGUUUGGAGCCCAGUUUGGUGAAAGGGAAAAUUGUUAUGUGCAACAACUACAGUGGCAUAGAAGAAGUUUCUAAAGCUGGAGCUGUUGGAGCGAUUUUGCAAUCAAGUUACCCGACCCCUGUGUCGUUUGUAGUUCCUACUGCGGCGUCGAGCUUCAAUGAGAGUAACUUCAACACAAUUCAGAGUUAUUUUAGCUCGACAAAGUAAGUUCCUAUCAUAAUACUCCUUGAUAAAUUAAUUUACACUAAUUUGAAAUAAUUUUACUGAUUGAAUUUUAUCUUCUGUGUAGGUCUCCAAAAGCAACUAUACUCCCUAGUGAAUUAAUAACAAAUCUGGAUGCACCACGAGUCGCUGGCUUUUCUUCGAGGGGACCAAAUAUCAUCAUUCCGGAUAUUUUGAAAGUACACUGUGUUUUUCUUUACUUUACUUGUUCAUUUCACAUUCUAAUUAUUGCAAUAAAAGUCUGUAACAUAUAUCUCUUCUGUAUAUGCAGCCAGAUAUUACAGCACCAGGGGUUGAAAUCCUAGCUGCCUAUUCACCUUUAGCUUCACCAUCAGGUGAAGAUGACCCUUAUGAUUCAAGAUCUGUGGAUUUUAAUGUUAUGUCCGGAACAUCCGUUGCUUGCCCACAUGUCACCGCAGCAGCUGCUUACAUAAAAUCAUUCCAUACUGAUUGGUCAGCUUCAGCAAUCAAAUCGGCUCUUAUGACGACAGGUAAUGUUGAACCAACCAAAAAAAAUAAAAAAAAUUGAAAUGUCUUUUUUCUUUUCUUUUUCAUUAUAACUAGUAUUUAAUUAUUUCAUUUUAUUUAUUUUUUGAAGCCUGGAGAUUGGAUCCCACAAAGGACAAGCUAGCAGAAUUUUCUUACGGAGCUGGACAUAUUGAUCCACGAAGAGCUGUUGAUCCUGGGCUCGUGUACGAAACAUCCACGGCAGAUUAUGUUACUCUUGUUUGCAAUUUGGGAUAUGCGAGACUAUUAUCAAUAAAUGGCAGCUGCGCUACUGGAGAAAGGAGUACUGCACCCAAGGAUAUGAACUACCCAUCAAUGACUGUUCGAGUUAACGGGAGCAGCUUUUCGGAGAAUUUCGUAAGGACAGUUACGAAUGUGGGAGCUGAAAAUUCGAAAUAUGAGGUGAAAACGACUAGCAGUUCAGAUUAUACUAUCACGGUGAACCCCAAGAUCCUAACAUUUAAAGCAUUCGGAGAAAAGAAAUCAUUUGAAGUAAUUAUCAAUGGGAAGAUCAAGGAGUACAUGAUCUCGGCCUACAUUGAGUGGAAUGAUGGUGUGCACACAGUCCGUAGUCCGGUGGUUGUGUACUCUGAUUCGAUAAAUCAACCUAGUCACGGUUGGGCCAGUUCAAUUGGGUUCAACCAAGUUGUUUAUUUAUUUUUAGUUUUUUUAGUUAAUUAUAUAUAGCUUCAGUUGUAUCUGUGCUUAAGUUAGUGUAACGAAAGUAUUCGAGGGAUGGAAAUAUUAGCUUCAUUAAUUAAAUAGCAUUUCUCUAUAUUGAUCAAGCCUGAUGAGCCUUUUAUAUUUGCCUUAUGGUGCUUUUGAUGUGUCCUUGUGGUACUGUUUAUUGGAAUAUAAUUUGUUCGUAGUAUACUAUGACACUUUAUUUUUGCUGUUCUAGAAUUAUGUAGGCUGAAUUGAUGCAAAUGCCAAUAGGUAUACACAAUUUGUUUCUCGACGUUCUUUUGGGCUUACUCGAUUUCAUUUUGCACUUCAAAUCUAUUAAACCUGCAUCUUUCUCUCUCUGAAAAUUGAUUAUUCAGGUACUGGAGAUGAUGGUUCGAUGAACCAGCAAAAUGAGAACAAGAAGAAACAAUGUCUGAGAAAGUACACAGACGAGUCCGUGGUAUAUACUGUAUUUUUGCAGCAGUGAUGUCUGUAAAUACAUGUUUUAU